ACUCUGGGACCCAUCCAAGGUGCCCCCACGCCUGCAGGACGUGACCGAUGACCACAUCCGGAUGCAUAAGGUGCUUCAGGAGUCCGGCCUGAAAUACGUGGCUGUGAUGCCCCCACACAUAGGGGAUCAGCCACUAACUGGAGCCUACACAGUGACCCUGGAUGGACGAGGGCCCUCAAGAGUCAUAUCCAAACAUGACUUGGGACACUUCAUGCUCCGUUGCCUUACCACCAACCAGCAGCAUGGACACAACACCUACCCCUCCCACCAGUAUGAGUAGGACCCUGGCCCUGGUUGGGAGAAUGGCUUCCUGAGAAAUGACUACACAUAGAAGGAUCAAUAAAUCUUUAGCCAAGAGCUUCAAAUUAUUUCAGAAAACCUAACCCAGA